GCCGCCAUCGGCGCCUGCGUACUCGCCUCGCUCGUGCUGCCUCCUCCGAGGUCCCGAGGGGAGGCGGGCGACGAGGUGGAGGAUGAAGGGGAGUUUGGCGCGACGGACACGAGGAUGGCCGUGAUGGGGAUCAUCUCCUUCCUGCCUUACUUCAACUGGCUGAGCUGGAUCUUUGCGUGGCUGGACAGCGGGAGGCGGCGGUACCUGGUCUACGCUGCCGUCUACUUGGCUCCGUACCUUAGAACUAACUUAUCACUGUCACCUGAUGAGAGCUGGUUACCUGUCGCUAGCAUCUUUAUCUGCAUUCUACAUAUUCAGCUAGAAGCAAGCAUCAGGAGUGGUGAUAUCGAGAGUUUCAAGUUCAUCCAAAGAGCUUGGAACCUCGUCUUUCCUAGAGCUGCUAAAGAGAAGGAUGCCCACCAUGGAAACAAGAGAGACUCAAUCGGAAUGGGCGACAGACACAAUAGGAGGAUACCGACGGCGCAUGAAUCCAGGGAGAGGCUUCGCAAUUCAGAUAUCUUCAAGAGGAAACUUGAUGAUCCCAACGAUGAGAAGCAAAAGAAGUCAGAUUGGAACUGAGGCUCAAAAGGCUCUUUUUCUCCUGCAUUUUCCUGAAACUACAAAAAAUGGUAUUUGGGGUGGGGUGAGGGGUGCAUUUGUAGGGAGCCCACAGGUGAAACUGAAAUGGAGAUGUGGCUGUCUGCGGUUUCAAAUGGGUCUGAAUCGUCAGAUUUUUCUUCUGGUUCCAAACAGUAGAUCUUAGGUAUAGCUAGAUUUUUACAUUUUAGUGCGCACAAAUAACUUGUCAGCCAAAGCUAAUGGGACAUAUCACAUAUGGCGACUUUGAGGCUUGUGAAGCUCCGUUGUGUACUCGUAAGAAUGAAAUCAUUUUGCUGUCUACUCGUAUGAAUGAAAACAUGUUUGUUUUU